UGCCUGACACUGCGUCCCUGCCUGAACGGGGGGAAGUGUAUCGAGGACUGCAUCACGGGGAACCCCUCCUACACCUGCUCCUGCCUGGCCGGCUUUACUGGGAAGAGGUGCCAUGUCGAUGUGGAUGAGUGUCUCUCCCACCCGUGUCAGAAUGGAGCCACCUGCCUCAACGGUGCCGGCAGCCUCCGCGGCCACUGCCCGGUGUGCCAGAACGGCGGGAGGUGCCAGGCAGUGAACGGGACGGCGACGUGCUUGUGCCAGCCGGGGUACACAGGGACAGACUGCCAGACAGAGGUAAAUGAGUGCGAGUCCAGCCCGUGCCUGAAUGGCGGGCACUGCAUCGACCUGGUCGAUAACUACACCUGUGUGUGCCUGGAGCCCUUCGUGGGACAGCGCUGCGAGACAGGUGCCCGCUCCUGCCUGCACCCNNNNCCUGGCGCCUGCCUCUCCCACCCGUGCCAGAACGCGGGCAGCUGCCUGGAGACGGAGCAGGGCUAUGUCUGCGAAUGCCGGGAAGGCUACACCGGGCAGGACUGUCGAGAGAAGCUCUCGGAGGGCUGCGAGUGUCGCAAUGGGGGCAGUUGUCUGGAGGGUAACGUCACCAUCUGCCAGUGCCCACCUGGGUUUUUUGGUCUUCUCUGUGAAUUUGAAGUCACCACCACACCGUGCAACAUGAACACGCAGUGCCCGGACGGUGGGUACUGCAUGGAGUAUGGUGGGAGCUACCUCUGUGUCUGCCACACUGACUACGGCACCAAUCACACGAUGCCAUCCCCCUGUGACUCAGAGCCCUGCCUGAAUGGGGGGUCCUGCGAGGUUCAUGAUGACUCGUACACGUGCGAGUGUCCUCGAGGCUUCCUUGGCAAGCACUGCGAGAAAGCCAAGCCACGGCUCUGCAGCACGGGGCCCUGUCGCAACGGGGGCACCUGCAGGGAGGCGGAUGGCGAGUACCACUGCACCUGCCCAUACCGCUUCACCGGCAAGCACUGCGAGAUAGGUAAGCCAGACCCCUGUGCCUCGGGGCCCUGCCAGAACGGGGGCACCUGCUUCCACUACAUCGGCAAGUACAAGUGCGACUGUCCCCUGGGCUAUGCUGGCCGGCACUGUGAGAUCGUGCCCUCCCCAUGCUUCCUCAGCCCCUGCGAGAACGGCGCUACCUGCGAGGACCUUGGCGGGGGCUACGCUUGCACGUGCCCUGUGGGCUACGUAGGGAAGCACUGCCAAUCUGAGAUCGACUGCGGCAUCCCCAGCGAGGUGAAGCAUGCCCGGGCCUCUUUCAACUCCACCAAGGUGGGCUCACUGGCUGAAUACCAGUGUGAGCUGGGCUACACCCUCAGUCAGCACAACCACCCCCGCGUCUGCCGCUUGCCAGGUGUCUGGAGUGACCCCCCCGAGUGCGAUGAGAUCGAUGAGUGCCAGUCCCAGCCUUGCCUGAAUGGUGGCCAGUGCAAGGACCGCAUUGCUGAGUUCCUGUGCCUGUGUGAGCCGGGUUACCCCGGCCACCACUGCGAGUCAGAUGUUGAUGAGUGUCAGUCGGAGCCCUGCAAGAAUGGUGGGACCUGCCGGGACCUCCCUGGGUCCUUCGCUUGCUACUGUCCUGAGGGCUUUGUGGGGACCCAGUGUGAGACAG